AUGAAUUAUAUAGUGACUUGGGUAAAUUUGAAAGCAAAUAUUUUAAGAUCUAAAGGUGUAAAGAAACGCUCAAAUUUAAGUAGUUGGAAAAAUAUUGACAUAUAUGAAUUGAAAAAGUUUAUUGGUCUCAGUUUACUUAUGGGUAUUCAUAAACUCCCUGCUAUACAUUUAUAUUGGUCACAAUCAGAAAUUGAUUAUCAUCCAAUUUAUGGCCAAACUCUUAGCCGAAAUCGUUAUGAAACUUUUUUGAGAUGCUUAUGCUUUUAUGAUCCAUUUACAACAGAUAAGUCUGAUCGUUUACACAAAAUUAAUAAUGUCCUUGGUCCUAUAAUUUCUAAUAUUCAAACUAAAUACUAUCCUAAAGAAUGUUUAUCAUUAGAUGAAUCUAUGCUUCUGUGGAGAGGAAGGUUAAGCUUUAAACAGUAUAUCCCUAGUAAAGCACAUAAAUAUAGAAUAAAAUUUUUUGAACUUUGUACUGAUGAUGGGUUCAUUUUAGAUUUGAUUAUUUACAAAGGUAAAGGCAUAGUAACAGAUUCAAGAGGAGUGACAUUUAGUAUUGUGGAUAAACUAAUGAGGAACUAUUUAGGAAAAGGCCAUACACUUUACAUGGAUAACUAUUACAAUAGUGUACAACUAGCUGAAUAUUUGUAUGAAAAAAAAACUCAUGUAGAAGGAACUUUAAGGAAAAAUAGAAAAGAAAAUCCUAGUAGUAUAACUGCUGCAAAAUUAAAAAAAGGUGAAGCAGUUCAUGCACAAAAAAAAAAACAUUCAUGUAACAAAAUUGGUUGA